CAGUCCCUUGUGGAUGUAGAUGAAGCUGCUAACAGAUUGUGUCUGCUCGUGAUUCAACUAGGAGUCACUGAGGUUUACAAAAGCAAACUCAAUCCAAGCCUAAUCCGCUGUAACGGGAACCGCAGUCCUGCUGCUGAAACAAUGGCGGACGUCACUUCCCAGCUUUUCUCCACCCUGGAGGAUCUGGUCAAAGAUGAGCUGAAGCAGUUCAGGUUUUACCUUUCCCACAAGAACCUCCUGGAGGGAUUCAAGCACAUCCCCAAAGGUCAGCUGGAAAAUGCGAGCUCAACUGACAUCGUGACGCGGAUGGUGGAAAGCUAUGGCAGUCAGGGGGCGCUAGAGGUCACCAUACACAUCCUGAAGAAAAUGAGGCAGAUGGAGCUUGCCAGCCGUCUGGAGAAAGCGCGCAAACAAAGCGCAGGAUUAGAGGUACCAGCUGAUCUAGAGAAGUCCAUGAAGGCAGCACAGAACAAUCUUAAAUCCAGUUUGAUCGCAAAGUACAGGGAGAUAUCCGAAGGUGUGGCCAAACAGGGGAACAAAACUCUUCUCAACGACGUCUAUACAGAUGUCUAUGUGACUGAAGGCGAAUGCGAAGGGAUUAACAGCGAGCAUGAGGUACGGCAGGUAGAGUGGGCCGCCAAGAAGCAGGCUGCCCCAGAAAUUGCUGUGCUGUGCACCGACAUCUUCAAACCCUUAGCUGGGCAGAAGAAGCAAAUCAAGACAGUGAUGACCAAGGGUAUAGCAGGCAUUGGAAAAACAGUCUCGGUCCAGAAGUUCAUCCUUGACUGGGCAGAAGGAAAGUUAAACCAGGAUUUGUAUUUCACUUUCAUUCUUCCUUUCCGUGAGCUCAACUCGAUCAAAAGUGAACCAUUCAGCUUGCUGAAACUGAUUCAUUAUUUCCACCCAGAGCUGGAAUCGUAUGGAAAUGUCCUUUUGGGGAACAGGAAAGUUUUGUUUAUCUUUGAUGGUCUUGAUGAAAGUAGGAUUGAGCUCAAUUUCCAGGUGAAAAAGUGGGCAGAUGUAGCAGAUCCAACAUCGCUUGAUGUGUUGCUGAUAAAUCUCAUCAAGGGAAACCUCCUUCCUUCUGCUCUCCUCUGGAUCACUUCCAGACCCGCAGCUACCAGCCAGAUCCCCCCAGAGUAUGUCCAUCGGGUGACAGAUGUGAAAGGCUUUAAAGAUCCACAAAAGGAAGAGUAUUUCAAGAAGAGGUUCAGCCACAAUGAGGCCUUAAGUAGAAGAAUUGUUACGUAUGUAAAGUCAACAAGGAGCCUCUACAUCAUGUGUCACAUACCUGUCUUCUGUUGGAUUUCAGCUACCGUCCUUGAGAAGUUGUUGGAUGGAGGAGAUCAAAGGGACUCGACUGGCCCUAAAACCCUCACUCAGAUGUACACAAGUUUUUUGCUAAUCCUGACUAACAUGAAGAAUCAGAAAUAUGUAGGAAGUGCCAGUCCUGAGGCAAAGGUACAGUCUGACAAAGAGAAAGAGAUCAUUCUAAAGCUAGGGAAGCUGGCUUUUGACCACCUAGAGAAAGGAAUCCUCACUUUCUAUGAAGAGGACCUGACAAACUGUGGCAUUGAUGUGAGUGAAGCAUCAGUAUAUUCAGGUGUAUGCACAGAAAUCUUCAAGGAUUCAGAGAUUACUCAAGGGAAAGUGUUCAGCUUCAUACAUCUCAGCAUCCAGGAGUAUUUUGCCGCCCUCUAUGUGUUCCUGAGGUACAAGAAUGACAAAACAAAUCUCUUUGAAAAGCAAAAAAUAGGUAAAAAGAUCUCCAAGCUAUUCAAAAAAAGCUCAUUAUUUGACUUGCACAAAGGAGCCGUGGACAAGGCAUUACGAUGUAAGAAUGGCGAGCUGGAUCUGUUCCUUCGGUUCCUCUUGGGCAUCUCCAGGAACUCCAAGGAGUCAGCAAGCCUUCUCAGAAACCUCCUGAAAGAAACUACUAGCAGUGCAGAUAGCCUUCAGGAAACAAUCAAGUAUAUCAAGGGGAAGAUUAAGAAAAACCUUUCCCCAGAGAACAGCAUCAACCUGUUUCAUUGUCUCAUCGAGCUGGAUGACACCUCUCUGGUCCAGGAGGUCCAGUCCUACCUUAAUGCAGGCAGUCUUGAAGGAAAGGAGGCCUCCCUCUCGCCUGCACAUUGGUCGGCACUAGCUUACAUCCUGUUGAUGUCUGAGAACGUGCUAGAGGAAUUUGACUUAAAGAAGUAUGUCAAGUCAGAUGAGGGGCUACUGAGACUGCUGCCCGUCAUCAAAUUCUCCAAAGUGGCUCUGAUGGACAACUGCAACCUCACCAGAGCCUGCUGUGAGUCACUGGGCCCGGCCCUCGGUUCUGACUUGAGACAGCUGAUUCUGAGCCAGAAUGACUUACAGGACUCUGGAGUGAAGCUGCUCUCUGCUGGCCUAGAGACUCCCGACUGUAAACUGGAGAUACUGAGACUUGACGGGUGUAACCUCACUGGGAAGAGCUGUGGUAGCCUUGCCUCAGCCCUGGCCAAAGCCCAGAAUCUCAGAGAGCUGGAUCUGAGCACCAAUGACCUGCAGGACCUGGGAAUGGAGACGCUCUUGGAAGCACUGGCUAAGACUCCAUGCACCCUGGAGACAAUGAGGUUGAAUUGGUGUAAACUCACGGAGAAAACCUGUGAGGGACUAAAGAACGUUUUUAGCUCAAAGUCAUCAAAACUGAAACAGCUGGACCUGAAUGACAAUGACUUACAGGAUUCAGGAGUGAAGCUGCUCUCUGCUGGGCUGAGUAACCGGGCCUGUGAACUACAGACACUGAGCCUCGAGAGAUGCGGACUCACAAUGAAAGGCUGUGAGGCCUUGGGCUCAGCAAUUAGCUGCAUGGCCUCCAAGCUGAGGAGGCUGAACCUGAGGGACAACGAUCUACAGGACCAGGGUGUGAAGCUGCUGUCGGUGGGGCUGGGAAGCAUCCAGUGCAGGCUGGAGAAUCUCUGCCUCUCAGGGUGCUGCAUUACGGAGGCAGGCUGUGCAUCUCUGGUUUCAGCUCUGAGGUCAAACCCCUCACACCUACGAGAGCUGGACCUGAGCUACAACCACCUGGGAGACUCAGGGGUCAAGCUGCUCUCUGCUCUCCUGGGGAAUCCCAACUGUAAACUGGAGACCCUGAACACAGACCAUGCUGGAGAGAGCAGGAACAAAUCAGGGCUGCUGAAAUAUGCUUGCAAGCUUACAAUGGAUCCCAACACGGCAAAUAAGCACCUAUCUCUGUCAGACGGGAAUCAAAAGGUGACCCUGGACUCUGAACAGUCCUACCCCAGCCAUCCAGAGAGGUUUGACCGCCUGGACCAGGUACUGUGCUCCCAGGAUCUGUCCGAGGCCAGGUUCUACUGGGAGGUGGAGUGGGCUGGUUGCUGGACCUCUGUGGGCGUGGCCUACGCAGGCAUAGCCCGCAAGGGGAAAGGUGACGACAGCCAGCUGGGCUACAACGAGCAGUCCUGGAGCUUGUUCUGCUCUGAGGCUGGCUACUCUGCCCGGCAUGGUGGCAGGUUUCUGGAUAUCGCCGUACCGAGCCCCAAGCCCGAAAGAGUUGGGGUCUACCUGGACUGGUCCGGAGGUACUCUGUCCUUCUACAGCAUUGCCUCCAGCACGGUGACACUGCUGCAUAUGUUCCACUCUGCGUUCACUGAGCCCCUGCAUCCGGCAUUUGGCAUGGGGUUCGAAGUCAAGGCCGGACACAGCCAUCGGCUGGACAGCUGGGAGGAUCCGUCUCACGUGUCUCUGUGCCAGCUGUGAUAGCUGGGUUAUCCGCAUAAGUCGUGACCGAUCUGGACCCCCUUACAUCCCACUUUCUUCAGACACACAAGCAUUUACUGUCAUUGCGAAAACAUCCAAAAAAAUUCAUGUUAAACUUUAAAGUUAUGUGUCACAAUUUAAUGGCUGUAGUCAGAAAUAAAUGUAAUGGAGUCUUGGGUGCCCCUACCAACAGGUCCCCUUCGUUAGAGUAAUUCUACUAUCUGUCUACAUGCCUGCUCAUCAUUCAGAUCUCGCAGUAUUAGACUUGCAAGCUUUUCUUUAAAGUUGGCCUUACUUUGCAGAU